CACAACAUCAUAUAUACCAGGUAAAUGCGUUUUUUCUUGAAUAUUUAAAGGUGAUACAGGAACAUAACACAUUGAAUUAAACAAUACACAGACAGAGGAAGACCUUCGGAGGAAUUGUUUACCAUUACAUGGUUUUCAAAUAGUUUGAUUAAAUAUGGACAACAUAAGAAAAGACCUUUCCUUACACUUCUAUGAUUAUCUUUGUCACGUCAUCGGGACAGAGGAAGUGGGGAAGAUGAGACGGCAGAUAUUCUCUUGGGUUGAUUGUGUCAGAGACCACGAUGAGAGCUUUAAAUUUGUCAUUAGUGGUAGUAAGGCAGAAGGGUUGGAUUUAAAAGAAAGUGAUUUUGAUGAAAUGCAGGUCUUAAAAAAUUAUCGUGUAUAUGAAAACGUCGACAAAAUUCAGGACCUAACAAGUGCUAUACCUAUUUUAAUGGACAAUGAAUCUACAAAACCUGGCUUUACGAAGCUAGUUAAAUACGACUAUCAUUAUGGUAACGAUUCAAUACUGAAUAAGACACUUCAAAAUGAACAAAAUGCGUCAUACAUUUCCAGCAAGUUGUUCAGAGAUCUUUUUUCUACGGAAUACACUAUAACACACGGUCCAUGUCAAUCUGACAUAAAUGGGAAAUUGGAUUUUGCCAGAUGCUUCAAAUGUUGUGAAUGGAUAAAUCCUGCCCGUCAAUGGAUUGGCAGAUCAAGAACACAAUGGCCAGAUGAAUGUGUUAUUGAUUCAAUUUUACUAAACGGUGUGCAUUUUGUUCCUAUUGGGAAUGCAGACUCUCUGAACAAGGACAAUGAAUGGCGAAUUUCAUUUUCUUUAGCUGAAAAACUUCUAGUUUAUUCCUUCUGCCAUACACAGUUUUUUUGCUACGCGUUAUUGAAAAUUCUACUCAUUGAUAUUAUAAAGAAGAAACAUGGAGAUCUUUUGUGUUCGUAUUUUGUAAAAACGGUUAUGUUUUGGAUAUCUGAAGAAUCGGAUCAAUUAAUUUGGAAACCAGAGAACAUUCUUUCUUGUUUCAAUGAAUGUUUACGGCGUCUUUUGUAUAGUGUAGAAUAUAAUACAUGCCUUCACUACUUUAUCCCUGAAAAUAAUUUCUUUGAAAACCGAUUUAGAAAGCAACAGCAAAUUGAGUUGUUAUCUACCAUGCGAUUUCUAUAUAAACAAGGUUGGUGUUGUCUUUUAUGUACAGACACACUGCAAGGUUUUGUCAAGUUAUCUUCUUUACCACCAGAUACUGUACCAAGAGUGUCUGCUGUUCCAUUCUUUUUUUAUGUAAACGCAGAAUAUAUUAGCAGUGGUAUAAAUUCAAUAUCGAUAUUAAAAUGGAUAGCCCAUGAUAAAUGUCAAGAACUCUCGGCAACAAAUGUUUGUGCAUAUCUUUUAUCAUUGCGUCAUCAAACAAUAGCACAUAGUCGGAUGUGUAUGGUUGACAAAAACAAAAGAAACAACAAAUAUAAUUAUAAGAGAUAUCGAAAAUGCAUGUUUCAUUUGUUACUAGGCGUCCAUCAUGAUGUCGCGGCUGGUUGGUUAUUACUAGCAUCUUUCUUCUACACCUGUAAACAAUACCGUGAGUGUAUACACAUCAUUAUCCAAUGUCUGUCUGAAUGUGACGCAUCCAAAAUUUUAUUAAAACUCCGUGUUGAAUUAAAAUCACAAAAUGCAUUUGAAAAACUUAGAAUGACAUAUAUGAAUCAAUGUUUACUUGCUGCCUGUAGAUACGCAAUUAUAAACGACGUCUAUAUGACCGAGUCGUCCCACUUGUUGCCAGCCGAACUGAAAUGCACAGUAAAAGAGUUGGAAUAUUUUCCUCCUCACCUCUUUGGACACUUAUUACUUUUUUUAUGUUUUCAUCAUCUUGAAGACUUUACUGGAAAGGGAUAUGCUUUGCGAGAUCUAGAAAUAAUUAUCAGAAAAGGGUAUUAUAUUACAAAUAACCAAGUCCAAAGACUCCUUUGUAGCUUAUGUUUUGAUGUAGUAAAACAAAUGUAUAAACAGUAAAUGAAAGGAAUAUUAAAAUCGAACUUAUUGAUGAUGAGGUGCAUCUCAGCAUUCAUUUUUUGUGAAAAAAUGUAUCAUAAUUUAACAUGCUUAUGCUUUAUGAAUAAAUAUUUAUCUAGGAUAGAAAAA